GUUCCUAGCGCAAGACUCAACCAACCCUCAGAUUUCCAAGGCUAACAACUCUUAUUUGAUUGGAACCUGAUAGGCCCCUCCAACUCCCUCUUUGACCUGUCUCUUGCCAAACUAUACUCAUUUAAUGCUUGUGUAACAGGAAUAGCUGUGCUAGUUGUCUCAACAAUGACCCUUCAUCAAAGGAUGGCCUCUUCUUCUGCACCUCAGUCCCUCACCUUCAUCCUCUUGAUCAUCAUCAAAUUCCUAUUUCAAACAUAAACAUAAAUGCAUACCAUAUCUUCAUCUUAUGAACCAAGAAGGAAUUCAUGGAUGGCCUGUUCUUCUGCACAUCUCUGUCCCUCAUCUUCAUCCUCUUGAUCACCAUCAAAUUCCUAUUUCGAACAAAACAUCACAGUCACACAAACCUCCCACCAAGCCCUCCAACUGUACCAAUUAUAGGCCAUCUCCAUCUCCUACAACCGUUAGUCCAUCGGACCUUCCACCAUCUCUCACAGAUAUAUGGCCCUGUUUUCUCCCUCUGGUUUGGCUCACAUCGUGUGGUUGUGGUCUCUUCGUCCUCAAUUGCUGAAGAAUGUUUCACCAAAAAUGAUAUAGUUCUGGCAAACCGUCCUCGCUUCAUGCUCGCAGGCAAGCACAUGGGCUACAACUACACCAAUGUGGUGGAGUCCCCAUAUGGGGAUCACUGGCGCAACCUACGCCGCAUUAGCACUACCGAAAUCUACUCUCCCAGUAGGCUCAACAUGUUCUCGAGCAUCAGGACGGACGAAGUCAAGCAAUUGCUGUUCAAACUCUCACACAACUCCCGUGAAGAUUUUGCAAAGGUGGACUUGCGAUCCAUGCUCUCUGAGCUGACAUUUAACAUCAUAAUGACAAUGGUGGCAGGGAAGAGGUAUUAUGGAGAUGACAUGUCAGACAAAGAAGAGGCCAAGCAGUUCAGAGAUCUCAUGAGUGAGGGUUUGUCGUAUGCUGGUGCAACAAACCCCUCAGACUUUGUGCCUAUUUUGAAAUGGUUUGGGGGUGGUGGGUUUGAGAAGAAGGUGAUGGACUUGGGUAAGAGGAUGGAUGCUUUCUUGCAAGGUUUGAUCGAUGAGCAGAAUCCGAGUAAAACUACUUCAGAUCGUACAGCAAAUACUUUGAUCCACCAUUUACUUUCUCUGCAAGAAUCACAGCCUGAGUAUUACACUGACCAAAUUAUCAAAGGGCUUAUACUGAUCAUGCUUUUGGCGGGUACUGAUACAUCAUCCCUAACAAUGGAAUGGGCCAUGUCCAAUCUGCUCAACCAUCCUGAGGUGCUAAAAAGGGCUAGAGCUGAACUGGAUGCUGAAUUUGGACAAGAACGCUUAAUAGACGAACCAGAUAUCUUCAAACUACCUUACCUACAAAGUAUCAUCUCUGAGACUCUCCGAUUGUACCCUACAGCACCACUACUAGUACCACAUUAUACAUCUGAUGACUGCACCAUUGGAGGAUUUGACGUGCCAUGUGACACGAUAGUAAUGAUCAAUGUGUGGGCCAUACACAGAGAUCCAACGUUGUGGGAUGAUCCUGAAAGCUUCAAGCCUGAGAGGUUUGCAAAUGGUGGAGAAGAGCCAUACAAGUUCAUGCCAUUUGGACAAGGAAGAAGGGCUUGCCCUGGCAUGGGCUUGGCCCAACGUGUGGUUGGCUUGGCUUUGGGAUCAUUGAUUCAAUGUUUCGAUUGGGAAAAAGUCAGUGAGAUGAAGGUUGAUAUGACUGAAGGUAAAGGACUCUCAAUGCCUAAAGCUGUGCCACUGGAGGCUAUGUGCAAAGCACGCCCAAUUGUGAACAAGGUUCUCUCUUAGAUAAACAUCCAGAACAUAAUGAGUAUUGAGUACUGUAAUAAUUUGAAGUAUACAUUCACAUUUCCAUGUAUAAGUCAUCUAGUAUACUGUAUAUUCAAUUCAUAUCAUGUGUAUUGUAUAAUCAGAGACAACCAAUAAUGUGUAUUCUGAUCUUAACAUACUUCUAUAUCAAUCUGAUCUGUUCGGGUACAAUUAUAUUGAUAAUAAGAAUCUAAACCUAUACCUUAUUUA